AUGCGUCUCGGUUACCUUCUCGUGGCGAUCGCUGGUCUUCUGGCAUGCAGUGAUGCUGCUGUUGCGGUAUCGGAACUCAAAAGCUCAAAGUUGACGGCUCAAGGCAACGUCGUGGUUCGUGACCAAGCUGGAGAUUUAACUGCUGACCAUAACACCAAGCGCACUCUCCGGGUUCAAAGCGACAAGGAAACAGAAGAGAGUGAAAAUGUUGCGUCGGGGAAGGGUCUCGCCGAUUCGGAUGAUGAGGACGAGAGAGGUUUUGAUCAUUUCGACUUGGGAUCGCCCUAA